UCAAAAUUCCGUCCUCUAUUCAUCACAACAACUAGGUAAGUUCAACAGUGAGCCGAAAGCAUAAUAUCCAGUAGAAUAUUAUAGAUAAAUCGCACUAUGUCGAAUUAUUCAUUGCAAUAAAUAGACAACUUGAAAUACCCAUUUGUUCCACUAGAUAAGUUGAUUUAUCCGCUACCCCCAUCGUGCUCUGAACAAGUUAUCUAAUUGUGCGGCGAAAUUUAAGACAUAAUUGUUCGAUUGUGUACUCUGUUUUCCUGUGAAAAAAGUGAAAAAAAUGUCUACGAGAGGAAAGAUUAUGGUUGAACUUGCAAGGCAACGGGCAGACGUCCAAAAUAGUAAGGACUCGACUGAAUUGAAUGGAGAUGAAGUGAAUAAUCCACAAUUUGCAGAAAAUUCAGGUCUGAAUGCCACAAGUGAAAUUGAUGAAACUAACGUUUUACCUGAGCAUGGCCCUAGUACUUCAAAUCCGCGUGAAUGUUCUGAGUAUUUGGAGUCCGAUGAUGAACCCUUUUCGUCAGAUCAGUCGGAAUAUGAACCAGAUUCAAUUUCUUCUAGUAGCGUCUCCGGAGCUGAGAAUUUAGAUGGUAUGGAAGAGUUUCCUGUGAUAACAGAUAAAUCUAGAAAACGGAAGAGAUGUGCAAAGGAUUGGAAACGCAAUAUUGCGAAGGCAAGAAGACAACGUGGCGAAGCGUAUUUAUCUUCAAGAGGUAAACACGUACCUGGCGUUUGCAUGAAAGAUCCAUGUUCUCCUAAAUGCCGUCAAAAAUGCGGUGAACGGAUUUCUAAUAACGAGAGGCUCCUUAUUUUCAAAAGGUACUAUGAGCUGAAGACUUAUGAAAGAAAGCGUGAUUUUAUUAAUGGUCACACAGAGAAAAAAUUGAAAAAAUGGCAUACCAAGCAAAACUCAAGACGUAAAAGUACAAUUAUAUUCUACUUACCAAUUAAUCAAGAGAAAGUUAAAGUAUGCAAAACAAUGUUUAUGAAUACAUUGGGCAUCCGAAAAGGUGUUGUAGAUAUUGCAAUGCAGAAAAGAACAAGCGAAAAUACGACACAGGAAGACCAGAGAGGUAAGCAUAAGAAAAAAUAUACGUCGCCGGAAGUCUUGGACUCGGUAAGAAAGCAUAUCGAGAAGUUCCCUGUUAUGUCUUCUCAUUACUGUCGCGCAAGAUCAUCAAGAAAAUAUUUAUGCAGUGAUCUCAACAUUAGUAUUAUGUAUGCAAUGUACAGUGAAGAGUGCAUAGAAAAAAGGGCAACACCAGCAAGUUCUGCAAUUUAUAGGAAGGUAUUUUCUGAGGAAUAUAACUUGGGUUUUUAUCGCCCACGAAAGGACCAAUGUCGUUUAUGUAUGGCCUUUAACUGUCCUUCUAGCGAUAAAGUUGCUUUAGAAUCCCAAUAUGCAGCCCAUCUAGCAGCCAAGGAUAGGGCUCGUCAAGAAAAACGGUUGAGCAAACAACGAGCUGAUGAUUCCCGUGGAAACAUUGUCAGUUGCAAUUUUGACCUGCAGCAAGUACUUCUCGUGCCAAAUGAUCCGACAAAUAAUGCUCUUUUUUACAAACAGCGGUUUAAAGUAUUUAACUUUACGGUGUACAAUACAGUUUCAAAAGCAGGCGACUGUUUCAUGUGGACAGAGGUGGACGGAAAACGAGGAAGCUGUGAAAUUGCCUCGUGUCUUUUUACCUACUUCAAGUCUCUGCCAGAUUCAGUUAAAAAAAUUGAAUGCUUCAGCGAUAGAUGUGGAGGCCAAAAUUUGAAUAAGUUUAUGGCUGGAAUGUGUUUAACUGCUGUUCAAGAUAUUCCACAUCUUGAUGAAAUAGAUCUCAUGUUCCUGGUAGUUGGACAUAGUGAGAUGGAGUGUGACUCUAUGCACUCGGCUAUAUCAACUGAGUUUAAGAGGGUUGGUAGGGCAAACUGGCCUCAAGACUGGAAGACAAUUGCCAAAUGUGCUCGACGAAAGGGCGAUAAGCCCUAUAUUGUCCAUGAAAUUCAGAAUAGAGCUAUAUUGAAUUGGAAAAAUCAUGCCGAGAAAAAUCUGAUAUUCAGAGCUAAAGAUGAGAAUAACAAACCGGUAGGAUGGCAAAAAAUGUGCUGGAUAAAUUUUUCAAAAUCCAGACCCUACAUUCUCAGAUUCAAAGAGAACUUCGAUGAUGAAUUCAGAACUCUGAAUUGUAAUAGAAAAACGAGGACUACUCCAUUGCUCUCAUCAGCUACGUUGCAGUCACUGUACAAAGAUAAGCUUCCUAUUAAAAAGGACAAAUAUGAUGACCUCUUGUCUUUAUUCAGAACUAAUCCACCAGCAAUUUCUACUGAGUAUAAAUACUACUACGAAAAUCUGCCGUAUACAAGAACUAAAUCUGAACAGGAGCCUCCAGGAUCUGAUAUAGAUAUCAGUGAUAUUGAUUAUGAUUAAUUAAAAUGUUCUUUUUUUGUUCAACAUUGGCUUAUAUAAAUAUUUUUGUGACCUCCUACAAUAAAAAUGAAAUUCUUAUUCA